AAUGCCGGUUAUUGGCAUUUCUCUCCUCCAGAGCUGCCACGCUGACAGCUCUGUGCCCAGAUGAUCAGUGUAGCCCCAGCAGUGCCACCUGUCAGUGUCCAUCAAUGCCACCUGCCAGUGCUCAUCCAUGCCACCUGCAAGUGCCACAUCAAUGCCACAUAUCAGUGCCUACCAGUGCACAUCAAUGCCACAUAUUAGUGCCCAGCUAAGCUGCCUUUAAGUGCCACCUAUCAGUGCCAGUCAGUGUCGCCUAUCAAUGCCAGUCAGUGCAACCUAUCAGUUCUGCCAAUCAGUGCCACCUAUCAG